UGUGCUUCAGAAGAGCUGCAAAGUGCCCUGAAGGAGCAGCAGAGCCGGGUGUAGGCAGUGUGGACUGGGACUGAGUCGGAGGAGGACUACAGAUUAGAUAGCGAAAGGUCAACUCCACCCAACUUCAACAACUACUACCAUGGCUACAGCGAGCACCUCAGGGCAGAGCACCUUUGGGCUUGGGAGGAAAAAGAAGGCUCCUGGCCUCAUGGAUCAGAUUAGCAAGUUCUUUGGAGGAGACAAAAAGAAAAGGAGCAAGGGGUCUUUCAGGGGUCACCUGGCCUCUUCACCCCAGCAGUCCUCCUCUCGUCGCCGCACCAAUGAAAACGCAGUGGUGCAAUUCUUCAGGAGCAUUGUUUCCUCUCCUCGUCCUAAAUCCAGGUGGAGAGACGUCUUGGGCUUGGCCUCGUCGCCACGCGCCGAAAGCGCAAAGUCGCCAGUCAGAAGACGCAGAGACCAAAGCACACUGUCCAGACUCUUCAACCUGGGAGACCCCAAGUCCCGCCCUCCCCCUAAACGCUGGAGUACCAUCUUCUAAGCUCUCCGCCAAGGACCAAACCACAGAUCUGACGCCAAUUGGACAAAGUGAAGGAGGAGAAAUGGAUCUGCAAGAGGCGGACUCACAACCUCAAGAAAUGUUAACAAACUAACACCAGACCUCCAUAUGUUCAGACUGUAACACCACAUAGAAAAAUAUGAAAUCUACUCUCAAAAGGUGUUGAGCCUUUCUGUGCAAGUGUUCCUUUUAAUCCUAAAGCAUCUCUCGUCUCAGUCACCGUGCAGCUGUUAAGAAAUGUGGUCGUAUUUUUGGUCAAAUAUUUCAUAAUUUUCUGUAACUUAGUCUGAUGGUGCUAGUGUCUGCUGUCUGAGGUGCGUCUAUGGCAGAUGUUUGUUUUUCUAGUCGUCUCCUGUCAUUUAAAUUUUGUACAUGGGCGAUGCUUUCUGUAUCCUGCUGUUUUAACACAACUCACUCCCCCAAGGAAAAAAAGAAAGCAUUAGUUUUGUUGGACCUGGACUGAGUUCUUGUUUGAUGUUGUGCAUUUGUUGCUUAAGAAGAAAAGGCAUUUCAAAAAUACAACUGGAAACCUACAGUAUAUGAGAAAUAAUGACUCUAAUAUGGUGUUGAUGUAAGAGUUUUGUUGCAUUAUGCUGCAGUGUAAUUAAUAAAUAUGUACAGAAUAAUGACAUUUAUCCAAAAAUAAAAAGUGCCCUUUUCAAAUGCACUGUUAAGCAUAAUACGACUAAAAGAAUUACCUACAAAUUAAAUUAUCCCACUCUCCUAUCUGUAUAGAAGCUUUUUGCAUGGGCCUAAUUUUAUAAGUAAAACAUUUUCAGCUUGAAUGUAGGUUGAAGAUUUAAUGUUUUGUGUUUUAAGAUGACAGACAAAUAGUCAUAUAGUCUGAUGGUCAGAAAGUAAGUGGUUAAAAGGUUUAAGGCGGAGGUACUGAGAUGGUAUGAGGUGUUUAGUAUAGAUGAUGUGGAUUUCAAAUGUUCUGACACAUGGCUUUUAGGCUGUAUGUUCAUGAUAAAUUACACUGCCUUUCUUGUUUUUAUAUGCUGUUUGUGUGGUUAAUCUAACGUCAAACUGUACAGGUGUUUCUUGUCUGAGGUUGCUGACAUUUGGUGGUGCUACAGUAAAAGGAUCGUAUAUUUAGAAAACUGAGUGCUUUGUAUGUAAAACUCUGUCUUAAUGCUCAUCUCUAACUGAAAAUAAACAUCUCAGUCAUCAAACGGCUUCAAAA